CUCCAUUCCCCCGUGCUCCUCCUCCCACUCCCCCCUCCUGCUCUCGGGUCGGAUCGUUCUCUCGUUCGGAAGCUGUAGCAGCUCAGGUCCCGGGGCUCCGUCACCAUGGGCAAUGUAUCGGGCGGAAUGAGAUGUAUGAAGUAUCUGCUGUUCACGUUCAAUCUCUUCUUCUGGCUGUCUGGGACUGCAGUCCUCUCGCUCGGCCUGUGGCUUCGCUUUGACUCUGAGACCACCACCAUUUUCAGUGGCGACCAUUGCCCCACGUCUUUCUACGUCGGAGUCUACAUACUGAUUGCCACUGGGGCCCUGAUGAUGCUGGUGGGGUUUCUUGGGUGUUGUGGCGUGGUGCACGAAUCUCAGUGUUUACUUGGAGCUUUCUUCAUGUGUCUGCUGGUGAUUUUUGUAGCUGAGAUCACAGCUGGAGUCUGGGGUUUCCUGAACAAACAUGAGUUGCAGUGCUGUGGAGACUCAUUACCAGAUCCUAAUGUGCAGCAUCUGUGUCCUACGUUGCAAGUAUCUGCGAACUGCACUUCGAAAUUAAAGGAAUUUUUCAACUCAAAGCUAUACAUGAUUGGAGUGGUGGGAAUCGGGAUCACAGGAAUAAUGAUAUUUGGGAUGAUCUUCAGUAUGGUUCUGUGCUGUGCGAUUCGGAAUUCACAGGACAUGAUGUGACAUUUGGCUGGUUGCAGCGACUCUUUCAAUACUAUGUGCACCUUUCGAAUUGGAAAUUGAUCCAAUAUCUAGUUGCUUGUUGGUUAAUUUAAGUAGAUACCAAUUAUUUUUCUGUAUUGUGAAAAAAAAACCUGGGCAGGUUCUCAUUCUUGUAAUGCUUCAAUUAUUUUACAUAAACUUGUGAAAAUUCUUGCAAUUGUUUUAAACAAAAGAUGCUAAAUAUAUGGUGUCAUUUGAAUAAACUGGUUGACCGGGUGGAAUUGCGUACUGACUUGGAUG